CUUUGACAGCCACCGUAGAGUAAACUCGCAUCAACCAACAUGGCGCUUCCCUUGCGGACCAAUUUGAAACAUUUCCUCUGUUUCAUUCAGAGGUUUAACCCCCUGAAGAGGCGCUUCUGCGCUGCGGUCUGUCCGGAAAACAAGCAGCCUCCUGGAAGUGCUCGUGUAUUCUCAGGGAUCCAGCCAACUGGAGUACCACAUCUAGGAAAUUACUUGGGUGCACUGGAAAACUGGGUGGCCCUGCAGAACCAGUACCCCUCAGUGCUGUACAGCAUAGUGGAUCUGCACUCCAUCACUCAGGCUCAGCAUCCAGACCAACUCAGGAACAACAUACUGGACAUGGCAGCAAGCUUGCUGGCCUGUGGAAUCAACCCAGAGAAGGCGAUCCUCUUUCAGCAGUCUCAGGUGUCCGAGCACGCAGAGCUCUGCUGGAUCCUCGGUUGCCUGACCAGCAUGCCCCGGCUGCGCCACCUACCGCAGUGGAAGAUGAAGAGCAAAGAGAAGAACGAGGGCAGCGUCGGGCUCUACACGUAUCCCGUCCUGCAGGCUGCCGACAUCCUGCUCUACAAGUCCACACACGUCCCCGUCGGAGAGGACCAGGUCCAGCAUCUCGAGCUGGCUCAAGAUCUCGCUCGGAUCUUCAACAACCGCUACGGAGAGCUGUUUCCUGAGCCGCGCGCGCUGCUGA